GAGGCGCUACCCAGUAGCCUUAUCUCGAGUUUUGCCUUGUCAGAUUUUCCGAUGAAAUAUUCUCGGAAACAAAAAUCGUAAUAGAAAAUCUAAUGAUACUUUUAUUAUAUAAUGUUGAUACGACCUUUCGAUUGCGAGUAACCCGAACAAAAUUGGUGCAGUCACUCUUGAGAUCUCGAAUCGAGUCCAUGUAAAAGUGGCACUUAUAAGGAACAGUAUUCAGUUUCAGCACAGUAUAUACAGUAGCGCAACUCCGGCAAUUUUAGCGUAGGUGAAAAUGAAGCGCAUGCGCGGGCAUGGUAGGUAACCAAUCACAGCAUUCCGAUCCUUUUAACUGCUGUAACGACAAAAUUGACAGCAAGCUACGACCACGAGUUUUAGUGGCCACGAGUGAUUAAAGCGAUUUUAUCGGAGUGAUAAAAUAAAAAGCGAAAGUAAAAGGAGUUUGGUGCAAUGAAUAGUGUUCAGUGAAUAGUAUUCAGUGUUCACAAAGAAAAAACAUUAGGGAAGUGACAAAUCGUACAGAGUGUCACUUCUCUUGUCGAAGAACAUUUGCAUUUUAUUUUUGUUCCAGAGGAUAUCCUUUCGGAAAGACAGGAACAAUGUCAGAAGAUCAAGUAAAGAAAAAAUCAAGUGCAUGGUGCGUGAUAAAAGAUUGUAAUAAAAAUACUGUGGAAAAAAGACAUUUGUUUCGGUUUCCAAAAGAACAUGACAGAUAGCUGCAGUGGAUAAAUGCAUGUGACAGAAUGGAUCUGGAAGUAAUGGGUGCAGAAUAUGCUUAUCGUAAUUAUCGAGUGUGCCACUUACAUUUUGAAGAAAAGUGGUAUAAUAUAAAAAAGAGCAAGGCUUAUCUGCAUCCAGACGCUAUCCCUACAAUAUUCUUUGGAAGAAAGUACGUUGUUGUAGAUCUUAUAACAUUAUAAUUCUUUUCUCUUCUAUAUAAAUUGCAAAUGUCCACAUUAUUUUUAUAUAGUCAUUUUUAUAUAGUAAUAAAGUAAUCUUUAAUAAUAUAGAAAAUUAUAAUAAUACUUAUAUAUAAUUAUUAGCACUGCAUCACAAGAAGAUGAAAAUCUAUAUGAAGAAAUUGAAGGAAAUGAAAAGAAGAAGCAAGGAGGAAAGACCCUGAUAUUUCUGAAAACGACGUUGCACAACAAACAAGGUAAUUAAAUUUCUAAAUCUUUAUAAUUAAAUGUCUAAUUAUAAUAUUUAUAAUUAAAUGUAUAAAUAUC